AUGAGCUCUGCAGUUCUCUCGAACUCUCAAACACACUCACAGCAGCAUGCCAAAGAUGUUUAGCAAUGCUGGACUUUGUACCCCAAGAGUUCUUCAGUGCAGCCUCAACACAGACACACGCAGAAGAAGAUAAGACAGGACUGAAUGAACGAGAGAACACAUGCUGAAGACAUGGAGCAUAGAAGAUGUGCAGGAGAAAUCAAGGAUCAUGGGGUGCGAGCCAGUGAGACCUUAAAGUAGGGGUGGGCGGUAUGAACAAAAUCUUAGUAGUAUUGCCUAUUUUUGGAUAAUCCAGUGAAUUAAAUACUUCACAGGUGAAAGAUGAAACUUCAUCUCAUUUUAUUAUUUUCUCUUUUUAUUUGGAACUGGAUGGAUGCAAACUAAGAGAUAAGAGAUUGUUCAUAAAGAAUGUCAUCAGUGCAAGAGAUUAAAAGACCCUAAACACUAAAAAUAAUAUUAUAAAACAGAUUGUUCAGACUCUAGACCGAUAUAUCUGCCUUGAUUUGGCUAUUUUACGAUUAUCGGCCAAUGUCCGUGUUCGCUUGUUAACUUUCCCUUGUGUCAGUUCCAAUAUCUACCAAUAGUUUUGUCAAUGGAUCAUAAAGAAAAUCUGUUUUCAAGGUUUUUUUUUCAAGUUUACUCACUUUUGAGUAAAUAUUGUGCAAAGCAAGUGUUCGUUUCACUUUAAAAAAUUGUGCACAUCUGAUUUGCUGUUGUUCAAUUAUAAGUAUAUAUCAGCAUUUAUUUCUGACAUCCUGCUCUCACAGCGUAUCUCUAUCAGUCACCAACUAGCAUAUACCGUUAUACCCCUACGAUGGAAAGACUAAUAUGUAAGAACUGUUUCCAGUGAGAAUCACUAACUGAGAAGCGAGUGACUAAGAAAGAGACACGAGACUCCAGUGGACCUCUCGGAAGACGAUGAAAAAGUGUUUGCUGUUGCGAGUGUGUGUUCUGUUGUCUCUACUGUGUUUUUGCGCUCACAUAUACGUGGAGUUCAAUGGCUUUUGGCUGCAGGUUUGGAGGAAGAGACCCACUGGACCCCAAAAACAACACUCAUAUCACAAGGGCAUUCCCACGGCAACAGAUGGUUUGGGCGAUGUUGGGCCCAUGUGUUGCCCGCCAGAGAAACAUCACAGAAGGAUUCCUCGAUGGAAGAUCGACCUGGAGCCCUGGGCCACUGAGUCACACAGUCUGGAGGAAGAAGCAGACAGAUUCAUCAAGUACAUCUCUACACCAAAGGUGUCAUGUGAAAGCCCUUUGUCUGGGCCGCCAGUGUUUGACAGAGAGCAUCAUGGGUCAUGGGUUCUGUGUUUGGAUGGCAGGUUCAGUCUGAUGCAACGCAUCAUUUCUAAACACUGCAGAAUGUAUUCUCUCAGGUUGGGAUUGGAGGAUGAUCGUCUGGAGCGGGUUUUAGCAGGUUCAGGGUGUGAAGUUCAUUGUUUUGAUCCCAGUAUCAGAGCGGCUCAUCUACAGGACUCACACAUGUGGCUCCACCGGCUCUCUGUAGACUGGAGGGACCCGAACCCGGCGGUACCGGCCCAGAAACUGCACAGCAACACCAAGAAACUCGCCACCAUCCUCAAUGACUUCGGCCACAGACAGGUGGACGUGUUGAAGGUGGACAUGGAAAGUGCAGAGUGGAAGAUUCUUGAGAAUCUGAUUCUCGAGGAAGUGUUGGACUCAAUCGGCCUGCUACUUCUCGAGGUGCACCUGCACUGGGCGGGGUUCGAGGUGGGCGGAGACGAGCCCUCAGUGGUCCGCUAUUGGUUCAGCCUGCUCAGGGAGUUGGAGCGUGCUCACUUUCGCCUCUAUCACAGCUCCAGCGACCCGACAAAACCACAUCUGUUUCUACACAAAAACCUCCAGAACGCAAGCAGCUCCUACAUACUGGGAUGGGUGAAUACUCAGUUUUCACCACAAUGAUAACCAUCACCAGACGAUACUCUGUGAAAUAAAUAUCUUGGAAUAAUCAAUCGGAUGAUUGGCAAAGCCCAACCCAGCGUCCCCCUAGAUUUGGCCCUGACAUGUAUGCACCAAUAAUGUCACACAGUGUGCAAUGGCUUUUACCCAAGAUCUCUUUGGGAUCAUAUCGUAUAGUCAAGCAACAGUUGUAAAAGACUGUAAAAAUUGUACAGUGUGCACACGGCUUUAGUCAAAUGACUCUGACAGAGUAUUGGCAGUGUCAGAAAUUUUCGGUUGCAGUCCUGCAGCGUUUAUUAAACAGUGGAUAUUCCGAAAAAGGCAUUUAUGUGAUAGAAAUUCUGAUGAAUACAGGUGUAUGCCAAAAUAUUGCCUUGACACAUACGCUAACAUGAAGAUGACCUAAGACUGAUGCUAAUCAGAAUUUUCAUGUGCAUAUAAUCGUGGUCGAUGAUGGACCAGCUAUUGAAAGACAGCAAAGGAGCAGGAACAAGUAUUCAAGGACAAGAAGACAGCAGUUUUAAUCAGACUUGAAACACCGUCAUUCAUAAUACUUGUUCAAAAAUGCAAAUGAUCCGAGUCUCCAAAAGUCAACUUCAUUAAAAACAACAGUGGAAUGUCUCAACGAUCAAAGAGUGCAAAUAUAUUAAAAAUAAAAAUCACUAAAGCCAAUCAACUGCAAGGAAACAGAAAUAUUGAUUUACGAGAACAAACAGGACGCCGACACUCAACUGUUAGUUCUGGAGAUGAAAGUUUGAAUGUUACAAAAAUGGUCAAUAAACAUCCAGCUCAUAUUUCAUCCCAAAAUCAAAAGAAAUGAUAUUUUUCUUAAAGAAAAUAAAUUCACAUUUUUUCAUUGGACGUUAUGAAAAUCAAGCACAUUUCCCUAUAAAGUUUCACUACUAUAAUGCAGAAAAAAUGUAUUAGAUCUUUAAAUACUAAAGUGCACUUGCCACAUAUAAUUCUAAGCACUUAAAUGGUAGUGUUUGUUGUAUCGAAAUGAAUUUAUGAUGGAAAACGAAAACAUGCAUGAUUUUCAUGAAAUGAGAAUUUGAGGAGAAAUGUUUUAACCCUUAUAGCUCUGAAGUUGUUUUUAAAGAUUUCCUGCUUUAGUGGCAUACCCAAAAUUAAAGGCUUAUAACUCAACAAAAAACAAGAAGGGUCAAGUGUUUGGUGUCAUUGUAAAGACAACUUUUCAAAAAAAUAUUAUGGUAUAGAUAAUACAUUCUGAGACUCAGAACAAAAAAAAUUAAGCCAAAAUUUUCUUUUUUUUUUUUUUAAUUAUUUUUCUGUUUUGCCAUCAUAUAUCUCUGGGUGUAAAUAAGGUGGCUCUAGAUAACUGCUUUGGUUUAGUUCCCAAUCAUGUCAGCUGUAUCUGAGAAAAAUGUUGUGUUGAUACAACAAAGCAAUCAGAAGUUAUAGCAUUACAAAAAUAAUUUAUUAUAGUGUUCAAAAACGUCUCCAAAUAAAACAUAAUUGUACAUAAGAACUAAGUACACAUGCAAACACAACAAUAACUAAAGGUUUGCAUAGCAUGCAGACGUGAUUUUAGUAAUGAGAUUUCACAGAAUGAGUUUCAUUCUGUGUCAUUUGAGUCAUCAUUGAGUCUGUGUCAUGUAUUUGGCGCCAUCUCCUGGUGGUCAUAUGUAACAUUGUGCUUCAUGUGGAUUAUCUAAUGAUCUAUACAUCUGAUUAUCUUGUGUGUGGGCUCGUUUGAAAGAUAAUCACCUCCUCUAAAUAAUGGUAUGUGAUGUUGUAUGUUCUGUUUAUUUUUCCUGAUGUUAUAAGCAAAAAUGUGGCAUAUAAGCAACAUAAUUGUCAAAGACACAUACUUAGCUAUUACUCACUGCAUUUUCCUCUGUAGGUAAAACAAAUAGACUGGUUGUAUUCUACUCUUUGAGAGCUUUCCAACAACAUAUAACACAUGACUACUUGAUCAAUUUGAUGUUUUUACUUAAUACUGAUUGCGAUAAAAUGUACAGUGCAAUUUUUUUUUUUUUGUGUCAUAAAUGAUCAAAAUGUAACUUCUGAUUUGUCUGCAAAUUUCAAAGCACUUGUUCAGUUUUGGUCAUAAUAUCUACAUGCAUUGUAAAGUAGAGCUUCUAAUCUUUCAUAUGAUACCUGUUUUGUGUUGGUCAAGACUGUAGUUGUUAAAAUCUUUUAAAUAAAAUUAUCACGGGCCCAUCCGAGCUUAAAGGUUUAACUGUCAUUUAAAUAUUGUCACAAUGCAAAAAAAUGUAAUACUCCUAGAACAGAUAAUAAUUAAUAUACAACAAUAACAAAAACAACAACUGAGGGGUUCUUUACUUUUAUCUUGUGAUCACUGUAAAUAUGACCAGGACAUUUCUUUGUGAAAUUCACCUCUGAGUAUGUGUUUUCAGACGCUGUAUUCCUGUAAUAAAUGCAUGUUUUUUACAGGAUGAGAACAAAUCCUUUAAACACACAAGCCUUUAAUGAGAAGAACACGUCAGUGUUUCUCAUCUCUGUCCUGUUUUAUCUGAUGUUCUUGAGGAACUCUCUCUCCGUCAGCUCGAUCAACAUUCCUUAUUCAUUCUCACAAGCUUUUAUCAUGACAACCGACCAAAGAUAUCAGGGAGAUGUUUAAUUAAAAAAUACUUUCAGGGGGAAAAUCUAAUCUGAAAAAGACUGCAAAUAACAGGACUUUGCAGUUGAUUCUCUCUUUUUUUUUUGUUAUGAAGAGAUGGUGGAAAAAUGGGAUAUUUUAGACAAUAAUCAUCUGUUUGAGUGCUGCAAGAAUGCACACGGUCUAAAUCAGUGUGGUGCAUGCUAAUAAAUAAUCUUAUCAGUUUAAUGUCACGAAGAAAUUUCCAGCUCACACCAAAAGGAUUAUUAAUAUUUGUUCUGUUGUGACAUUAUUUUAAAUGACAAUGAAGCACAUUUCCCCCCAAAUAAUCAUUAUUGUAAUACAGAAAUAAAACCCUCCAUGCAGUUUUAUUAAAAUCAGAAUGAAUUACUACUUCCAUGCUGUAUACAAGCAAAUGUACUUUAGGAUUUAGAUAAUAUAUGAAAUAAAAAAAUAAAAUAAUUCAGCUUACAGUAAGCUUCAGAGAAUUUGGAGGGUAAAUGUGUUGAAUAAUUAUGAAAAUAAUGUCACAAUGCAAAUAAAUAUUAAUUGUCUUUAAAACAGGCUUCAACUUCUUUAAGCAAAAUAUAAUUUCCUCUUUAUUUUUCAUUUUGGCUUAAAAAUAUGAUCAUGUUCUGGACAGGUUUUGUGAGAUUCAUAUCAUUAAGACUGAUUAUUCAUCAAUUCAUUAGGCAAUUUAGCCACUUAUGAUAGUAUUGUUUUGUUGUUGACAUUACCAUUUAAAACAUAUAAGCAGUUCUACUAU